UGCCCUCGAGCCCCUUGGUCCAGGAAAAAGAGAGAUCUUCUUGAUCAGCAGGCAUUGUCAUUCGUUCUACUCCAUGCCACCAUGAUGCUACCCGGUUCGCUAUGUGGGCUGCUGCUGCUUAUUGUGGCCCGGAUUGUGGCCAGCGACUUCACCGCCUCGGAUGACUCAGACUUGAUGGUGUUUCGGACCUUACCGCAGCAUCGCAUCCCCAAAUGGAACGUCACGCAUUAUCAUCGCAAUGCCACAGCCCCGGGCUACUGGUUUGUCGCCCCCUACUGGGUCACCGUGGGAGAACCCUACACCACACGAUGGAUGCCCUAUCAGGUCGGUCCCUACAUCUAUGACCAGGACGGCGAUCUGGUUUGGACCGGGGCUGCAUACACCGACAAUCAGAACGCCUUCGACCUGCGCGUCGUGACCAAUCUCCCCGGCAAGCCUCAGCUGUCCCUGAUGGUGCAGACCGGGCUUGGGGUGGAUCUAGAAUUUGCUAAUGGCACCAUCCUCGACCACCAGUAUCACCAAGUGGCCAGUACCCCCGUCUUCGACAAGCACGAGUUCUACGUCUACGCUCCUCACAAAGCGCUGGCCAUCCAUCAGUGGCCCAAGGUCGUGGACCUGGCCGACAUCGGCUUGCCGGGGGUCUCCCGCGAGAUCAAAUUCCAGGGCUUUCGCGAUAUCGAUUACACCACCGGCCACGUCUUCUUCGAAUGGAACUCCGAGGGGAGAAUCCCGCUCCACGAGACCUUUGUCGACAUCACCGUCGGAACUCCUCCCCGUGGCGCCGACUACAUCCACUGCAAUGCGAUCGAAAAGACCAAGGACGGGGACUACCUGAUGUCGUGUCGCCACUCCAGCACCAUUUACUUGAUAUCCGGACAGGACGGGGCCAUUCUGUGGCGACUGGGCGGCAAGGGGAACAAUUUCCAGAAGGACUUCGACUUCUCAUGGCAGCAUGAUGCGCGUAUCAUCCUCCACACCCCGGAGCGCAUGGUGAUGUCCUUCCUGGACAACGCGGCGGACGAGCUGAGCGAGAACAAGCCCGUCUCUGCCGCCAUGAUCGUCGAGUUGGACCUGGUCAACUUCGAGGCGAAGCUGCUGAACCAGUAUCUGCGACCGGACGGCGACCUGACGCGACGUCGGGGCAGCGCGCAACUCCUCCCCAACAACAACAUGUUUGUGUCCUGGAGUGACUUUGGUUACAUCAGCGAGUUUGAUCGCGGCGGCCGCCUUCUGACCGAAGCCCGCUUCGCCAGCGACCGGUUCGGCAACUACCGCGCCUACAAAUCCCCCUGGUCGGCGUCGCCCGCCGAGCCCCCGGUCAUAGUCGCGUCGGUAGCCGGCAUCAAUGGCUCCGAGUUGUUGACCGAAUGCCACGUGAGUUGGAACGGAGCGACCGAGGUGAAGUUCUGGCGGUUCUGGGCGCAGAGGGCCGCAGAGGGGGAGAAGACGCUCAUCGGCACAGUGGCCAAGACGGGCUUCGAGACCAGCUUCAUCGCCCGCGGAUACAUGGAUUGGGUGUCGGCAGAGGCUCUCGACGCCGGCCAAAACAGCUUGGGAUUCUCGGAGAUGGUACGCAGCAGUCCGCCCACCUACUGGGCCCCCGGAGCAGACCGGCCUCAGCCUGAUGACCCCCGGGCGCUCCUCUUUCCUCCCUCACCUGAGAAGCAGAGCUGGUCGCCCUCCUUCGUCGUGGUGGUGUUUGCCGCCGGGCUGGCGCUCAGUACCUUGGUCUGGCUGCUGCUUGCCUUGGUCCCGGUGGUGCGACAUCGUCUGGUGGCUGGAUACAAGAAAGUGAACUCGAUAGACUAAUAGUUAUUACGUGAGAUGAUUUAAGAUCCUUCUAUCAGAACGUAUUUAUUGUACACGCGAGGACGCAUUCAGUCCACGCAAAGAAUUCCCAGUAUGCUCAACCAUGCUCAAGGAGAGACGAGAGUCAAGAAGUCCUGAGUCAAG